GUUUUCGGAUCGCGAUCACCCUCAGCAUAUGAAACCUCUGAAGCGGUUGAAAAUUCCGAAUCUUGCAAUUUCUGACGAUGACUCGUUGCAUGCGAAUGAAAAUCACGUAUGCAGGAAUGAAGGACCUCGCUUCCAUCCUGAAUCAUUUUAUCCCGCCUUGCUUAUGCUUACUGUUACUCGUAUCGAUUACUUCGCCUAUUCAACCUAUGCAGGACUUUCCUUCAGCGAGUAUCUUACGUCAUUCUGAAGUAGGCUGCGUGUAGUUGAACGAACAAGCUGAUAAGACUAAUUUGCUCGUACUUACUUAAAUUUCUUCCACCUCUGAGACAAGUUACAACUAGUAAAGCGAAUCCCAAAAAUGGCUCUGCUCGAGGAGUUUACAGAGGCCAAGGUCUCUGUCCUCUGCAACGAUGGGAAGUACUUCAUUGGUUUUCUGUCCGGUUUCGAUCAGGCCACAAAUCUGAUUUUGACAGAUUGCGUGGAACGGAUAUACCACGAAAACGAGGAAGCUGAAGAGAUGCCCUUUCCAUUGUAUGUCAUUCGAGGAGACACCAUUGCGAUGAUCAGCCUGGUGGACGAAGAGAUGGAUGACAAGAUAGACCUAAAAACGAUAAGAGCGCAACCCAUGAAGCCUGUGAUUCACUGAAGAAUGCGCGAAUUGAAGCCGCGGAUAGAAUAAAUGAAACGCAUCAUCUUGAUCUUUUUGGCGCACUAGCAUCACGAAAAAACUAGCGUUCACGAUUAUUUAAAGACAAGUAAACCAUAUAUAUCAUGACCCCACAAAAAUGACAUAUUCACGCCUCCUCGCCUAUUGACAUGCAGACAAGCUUUUGAUUCGUCAAUGCGUAUCUAAUACCAUCAACAACCUGACGCCCAUCAAGAAUUGAAAAGCGUAAAAAAGCGCACAGUUUCUGCGUUGCAGAAAAAAAGAACGUGGUCCGUUGAUAUCGCUGCAUCAAGAGUGACAAGGUGUCGAU